GUGCAAGAUCCAGACAACAGGAAUGGACUGACUCAAAUUCACACAUGUUCCCUUGUGAACUCUCUCAAUGGCGAUGAAGAUGCUUUCUAUAUCGCACAAAUAAAUCAAAGAAAUCUUCUUCGAAUCAAAGCAAACAGGAUUCUUGAUUUUGAAACAAAGAAAGUGUAUAAUAUCACUGUAUUAUGUAAAGAUACAAAUCUUGGGGUUUCCAAAUUACUCCUGAUUGAAGUCACAGGUAUUCACACAAAUCUAACUAUAGCUUGUGGCAACGAUGUAACUAACCACAAGUACCUUCAUAACUAACACAUUUAAACUUUUCUCUUCAGAUGUAAACGAGCGACCUACGUCUCUUGUCAUAUCAAGUACAAGUGUUAACGAAAGUGAUUCAAACAUGACCCACAUCGGUACGUUAUCUGCCGAAGACCCUGAAGGAAUAAACCAAACAUUUAUCUACACUGUGAGAGACUUGCAAUCAUUCCGUAUUGGUGGAACCAAGAAAGAUCAACUCUUUUUUCAUGGACCACUUGAUUUUGAACAUACGCCAAGUAUUAGUGUUCGUCUUCGAGUCACUGAUAACGGUGGACUACACUUGGAAAAGAUAUUUACGAUUACUGUUCAAG